AUGCCAUUCACAGAUGAACUUGAUGGGUGUGGCAAUAUCACAGAGACAACACUGCCAGCUGUCCACUUGGCCCAGCAACACCUGAGGAAGCAACCAGCUCCAUUAUGCAACUAUGAGCUAGAAUUUCACUUUGCAAACUCACAGUGUGACAAUGCUAUAGGCUUGAAAGCUUUCUUUGAUGCCAUAUGCCAUGGUCCAAAAUACCUCAUGAUCUUUGGAGGGGUCUGUCCAUCUGUGACUUCUAUCAUUGCUGAGUCUCUUCGGGCCUGGAAUCUUGUGCAGCUGUCUUUUGCUGUGACAGCUCCUGCAUUUGAGGACAAGAGAAGGUAUCCAAACUUCUUCAGAAUUGUCCCAUCAGACAAUGCAAUUCAUCCAGCUGUGAUUAAACUUGUCAAACAUUAUAACUGGAAUCGUGUAGGUAUACUGGCUCAGGAUGGCCAGGGAGUUUCUGAGGUCCAAAGAGAUUUAAUGAAGGUGCUGUUAUUGGCAAACAUUCAGAUAGCAGCUACACAAAACUUCAUCGACGAUCCUUCUGUCAGCCUAAGAAUACUAAAGGAAAAUGAUGUGAGGAUCAUUAUUGGACUUUUCAAUGAAAGCACAGCGGCUAAAAUCUUCUGUUCUGCUUACCAUUUGAACAUGUUCAGCAGUAGGUAUCAGUGGGUUAUCCCAAGAUGGAACCAGAGGAACUGGUUGGUUAACAGAGGCACAGUGAAUUGUUCCUCUUUGAAUCUCAUGGAGGCCAUGGAGGGAUCUAUCAGUGUGGACUUUGAGCCCCUUAGUUCCAAAGAGACUAGGGGCAUUUCGGGAAAGACCCCACAAGAGUAUCAGAAAGAAUAUGAUCAACUUCGGAUUGGGAAAGGCAUUAACUCCAGCAGGUUCCAUGCUUUUGCCUAUGAUGGCAUCUGGGUUGUCACAAAAGCCCUAGCACGAGUUAUGGAGGCUGUGAGACACCAAGAGAAGUACAGUCAGCACCACAAUUAUACAGUCAGUGAUGAAGAGCUGUCUCAGAUGAUUACAGAGGCCAUGACUGAAACCACUUUUUUGGGUGUGACAGGCCAAGUGCGGUUUAAAAAUGGAGAGAGAAUGGGAAUCGUCAGAUUAACUCAGCUUCAAGAUGGCAGUGAAAUACAAGUUGGUGAAUACAACACAAUUGAGGACAGGCUGGAUCUUCGCAAGAACAUGCGGUUCACAGGUUGGAGCCCCCCAAGGGAUAGCACUAUGGUGCUGCAUCAAAGAGGACAGAUAAACAUAGUGGUCUAUAGCAUACUAUCAGCUAUCUCCAUAUUAGGCAUGCUUAUGGCCAGUUCUUUCUUGUUCUUCAACAUGAAACAUCGGCAUCAUCGGAUCAUAAAAAUGUCCAGUCCAUUCAUAAAUAAUCUAAUAAUCUUGGGUGGAAUGCUCUCCUACUCCUUCAUCAUCAUUUUUGGUCUAGAUGGGGCAUUCAUCUCAGAUGGAUCAUUUGAAAUCCUAUGCAAAGUUCACUCAUGGAUUCUAAGCAUCGGGUUUACCUUGGCAUUUGGUGCAAUGUUUGCUAAAACAUGGAGAGUAUAUGCUAUCUUUAAAAAUGUGCAUCUUAAGAAAAAGGUCAUCAAAGAUCUGCGGUUGCUUGUGGUGGUUGGAGGAAUGCUUCUGACUGAUAUCUGCAUUUUAACCUGUUGGCAUAUUAUGGAUCCCUUGACGAGGACAGUAGAAGAAUACAGGACAAAGGUUGAUGGGAAUGAUGUUGCCCUUCAUACAUUCCAGGAGCGCUGUGAGAGUGCAUACACAACCAAUUGGCUAGCCAUUUUGCUUAUUUACAAGGGUAUUCUCAUGGUCUUUUGCUGUUUCCUGUCCUGGGAGACCCGGCAUGUACGCAUUCCAACCCUGAAUGACAGCCAAUACAUUGGAUGGAGUGUAUACAAUGUGUCCGUUAUGUGUAUGGUUGGUACAGUUGCCUCUGUCCUGACACGAGAGCUGCCUAAUGUGCAGUUCUGUAUCAUCUCACUGGUCAUCAUCAUCUCCACCUCUGGGACACUACUUCUGGUUUUCAUCCCAAAGUUUAAAUUGAGCCAGAGAACAGAGAGGAAGGAUCAGUGGAGAUCUGGCUCCAUCUCCAGCGCUGAACAAAACAACACAUUCGGGACAGAGGACCAUCAGGAUUACAAUGAGCUGCUCAGGAGACGUGUUGUAGAGCUGGAGCAGUUCUCCAGCUCAGAGGAGCCCCCUCUCUCUAACGCCCCACCCAGAUAUGAGCUCCAAGGCCAUGGGCUGGAAGCUCCCUCAGCUCCCCUGGCUACCUGCACCGUCACCCGCCUUAAAGAGAAGACUGACCAAUGCGAGAUAAACACGGAUGUGACCUAG